CAUUUCUGGUGGGACUCCCCUAUACAUGGUUGCUGAGAGAGGGUUUAGAGACUUGGUGAACAUAAUCAUAGAGAAUACUACUCUCAAUCUACCGGCUCACACUGGCCCCAUGAGGAGAACAGCUUUGCAUGCAGCUGUGGUUUGCCAUGACUUAAAAAUGGUAAAAAGACUCCUGACAUGGAAGUCAGAGCUAACCAAAGAAGUGGAUGAAAAUGGUUGGUCUCCACUUCACUACGCUGCAUACUUCGGUUAUGUUUCAAUAGCAAGACAAUUACUUGAUAAAUCUGAAGAGUUUGUAGUCUACCUACCGGUCAAAAACGAUGACAACAAGACAACUCUUCUUAUUGCGGCCACCCAUGGAAACAGGUCUGUCAUGAGACUGUUGGUGUCAUAUCCAGAUUGUUGUGAGCAAGUGGAUGUUAAGGGAAAUAAUGCUCUUCAUUUAUUCAUGAUGCAAAAAGAAGUCAUUCAUGGCUUGUUAAAGAUUCCCUCCUUGAAUGUGAGAGCACUUAUAAAUGGGAAGAAUGUUGAAGGACAAACACCUCUCCAUCUGUUUGCCCAUUCCCAACUGAAAUAUCGUCUAGCUUACCUAAAGAACAAGAAAGUAGAUAAGAUGGCACUUAACAACCAAAACUUGACUGCUUUAGACAUAAUUUCAUCGGCCAAGGAUUUAUUUGGACGAAAGCCUAGAAUUGUACGGCACCUGAAACGGGCCAAAGCUAGAGCCGGGCCCUUGUUGUGGUAGAACACUAUGAGCAAAGACCAGGACAACAAAAACGAGGAUAACAACGAAAGCAAACAUGAUAAAGGUUUAGAUGUAUCUUUCUUAAAGAAAGCAAGUGAUAGCCAUUUGCUAGUUGCCACACUCGCAGCCACUGUAGCUUUUGUAGCAGGUUUUACAUUGCCCGGCGGGUAUAAUAAUAGUGACGGCAUGCCCCUUUUAAGAGA